AAUCUACCGAAAGAGAAUGGACAUGCUCAUGUUGCCACCCAUGGUUUCCAGGGAAGUAAUGGCGUGAAAGAGUUCCCAAAAGAUAACGUCGGUGCAACUUUUACGCCCGAGUUAGAUGAUGAAGAAGAUGUCUCGAAGAAUGAAUUUUCAAGUCUGAAAUUGCUGAAUGGGAGUGCUGAAGAUUCAUCAGUACCUUUGUCUAAGGAAGAACCCAAGAAGGCCUCUAUUGGACCGGUUAUUCCUGCUAUCCACUUACUUCCGCACGGGUUAAUAAACUCGGGGAAUUUGUGUUUUGUCAAUGCAACCGUGCAGGCUCUCCUAUCCUGUUCACCUUUUGUUCAUCUUCUGCUGGAGCUAAGAAAUCAAAACCUUCCUAAGGAUGGCUAUCCCACCUUGACUGCGUUUGUGGACUUUGUCUCUGAAUUUGACAUGCCAAUUGGUUCAAACUUGAAGAAGAAAGAUACCAAUGUUCUUGAUAUUGGCAAGCCCUUUAAGCCUGUCAUGUUUGAAGGAGUUUUGAAGAACUUCACUCCAGAUAUUUCUUGUGGCAUAUCAGGAAGGCCAAG